CCAUCUCGACAGCUCUCAGACGUAAAGAGGGCCCACACAUACACCUAUAUUAACACGAUGGCCUGAGUAAACCACAAGUCCUGAAUCAUAACCACCACCGUCGCAAUGGACGACGACGACGAAUCCCGCAUGGCCGACAGCCGCCGCAGCAGCUUCGCCGCCAACGGGACCGCCUCGCACCGCCGGCGCACCAGCGGCCUCUACCGCCGCGGCUCCAACAUGAGCGACGCCAGCUUCAUGACAGACGUCGAGAUGGCGCACGAAGAGGUUUUCGCCGGCCCUAUGUCCGAGAGCGUGCCCACCAGCGUGUCCUCCUUUGCGCACCGGCGCCAGCGAUCUCGAGCGGACUCGACGGCGAGCUUUACGUACUAUGACGAGGAUCGGGAUAGUGAGGAGGGAGUGGAAGAAGACGCGGUUGCGGAGGAGUAUGGGUCGGUCGAUGACGAGUUUGAGUUCGAGGAAUACGCGUACGGGGACGACGAAAACGGGGAGGGCGACCUUGAAGCAGGACUAAUACACACACGGCGACCGAGUUCAAGAAGGAAGUCGUCGGGGCAUUCGAGACGUAGUGUCGAUGCGCCGCUUUUGAGGAGGAGGUCGGUGGAGAGUUCGGCAUCGGGGGAUUGGAGGGGGGGGAGGGUCAGUCAGAAGAUCUUUAUUCUGACGGAAGAUCUGACGAUUGUGGUGGCGGGGUUUAAGACGAGUGUGGUGGGGUUUGCGGUGUAUACGGUGCUUUGCACGGUCACGCUGGGGCUGGUGUGGUUGCUGUUUCGGUGGCUGCCGAGGUGGAGAGUGAAGGUUAUUGGGACGCCCACGGCGCUUGGGGAUGCGGGUUGGGUGGUUGUGGAGAAUCAGUGGGGGGAGUUUGCGGUGCAAGAUAUCUCGAAUCAGACGUAUGGACGGUCGUUGUCGACGGUGUUUGGGGAUGAGGAAAAGGUCGUGGCUAUGGAUUACGAUGAGGAUGAUGACCCGGUCAUUAAGCAGCUAAGGGCUCUGGACUACCGGUAUAUUCGAUUCUGUUAUCACCCGUUGAAGGAUAAGUUCGUUCUCGCCAAUACUUGGAAAGAUCCUGCGUGGACCGAUGUCAAAGCCCUUCGCGAAGGCUUGGAUAGCGAAGAGCGGGAUUACCGGGAAAGAGUGUUUGGAAAGAAUGUAAUCGAUCUUGAAGAGAAAUCCAUCGGACAGCUCUUGGUGGAUGAGGCAUUCCAUCCUUUCUACGUUUUCCAGAUUGCCAGUCUGAUCCUUUGGUCCUUGGAUGAGUACUAUUAUUACGCCGCGUGCAUCUUCAUCAUUUCCGUGGUCAGUAUCGCUACCACCCUAGUGGAGACGAAGGCUACCAUGAAGCGACUCCGAGAAGUGUCACGGUUCGAGUGUGAUGUAAGAGUACUCAGGAACGGCUUCUGGAGAUAUGUCGAGUCUAGCGAACUGGUCCCUGGAGAUGUCUACGAAGUAACGGAUCCAAGCUUGACGCAGUUACCUUGCGAUAGUCUCCUACUAUCUGGCGACUGCAUAGUCAACGAAAGCAUGCUUACCGGCGAAUCUGUCCCAGUCUCGAAGCUUCCGGUCACCGACGAGGCGUUGGAACUACUUAAUCUGAGCGCAUCGACGAUUCAUCCUGAAAUUGCACGACAUAUGCUCUUCUCUGGUACCAAGAUCAUUCGAGCCCGGAGACCGCAGGAAGAAGGAAACGACGAAGCGGCGGCAUUAUCUAUGGUUGUGAGGACCGGGUUUAACACCACCAAAGGUGCUUUAGUUCGAUCCAUGCUUUUCCCUAAGCCCUCAGGCUUCAAGUUCUACCGGGACUCUUUCCGCUAUAUCUCAGUUAUGGCGGGCAUUGCGUUCAUUGGAUUCAUCGCAUCAUUCGUCAACUUUGUCAGAUUAGGACUCGCACCUCAUUUGAUUGUCGUGAGAGCACUGGAUCUGAUCACGAUUGUCGUUCCACCUGCUCUUCCGGCCACGCUCACGAUUGGCACAAACUUUGCUCUUUCCCGUCUAAAGGGAAAACAGAUUUUUUGCAUCAGCCCUCAGAGAGUCAACGUUGGCGGCAAACUGGACGUCAUCUGUUUUGACAAGACCGGAACGUUGACGGAAGAUGGUCUGGAUGUUCUUGGGGUUCGUGUUGCUCAGCGACCGAACAACACUUUCAGCGACAUUCUCACAGAAGCGGCAGACGUCGUUCCAGGCGCGUCAUACGCACGGGAUCCAACUAUUGACUACAGCAUCAACAAGGGUAUUCUAUAUACGAUGGCAACCUGUCACUCGCUUCGCAUGAUCGACGGCGAAUUACUCGGCGAUCCUCUGGAUGUGAAGAUGUUUGAGUUCACCGGUUGGAACUAUGAAGAAGGAGAGCAAAGAUCCGGCGGCGGCGGAGAUGAUGAAGACGAUCACAAAUUAUCGCCCUCGGUCGCAAGACCUCCGCUGGGAAUGGAAUACGAUAUUGACGACGAUCCGAACGACACGAGCCGAAAACCGAUCGAACUUGGUGUCCUAAAGAUGUUCGAAUUCGUUUCCCAGCUGCGGCGAGCCAGUGUUGUGGUGCGGCAAUUUGGGUCGAAAAGUGGGAGUGUCUAUGUCAAAGGCGCUCCUGAGUGCAUGAAGGAUAUUUGCCGUCCAGGGAGCUUUCCCUCGGAUUACGAGGAGCUUCUCGCCUACUAUACUCACAGAGGGUUCCGUGUCAUUGCUUGCGCCACCAAGACGAUUCCUAAGCUCAACUGGGUCAAGGUGCAGAAGAUGAAGAGAGAUGAGGCUGAGUCUGGCCUUGACUUCAUGGGUUUCAUCAUCUUUGAGAACAAGCUCAAGCCCAGCACGACCGGUGUCAUCGACGAGCUAGAAAGGGCUGGCAUUCGCAAAGUAAUGUGCACAGGUGACAAUAUCCUGACCGCUAUUAGCGUUGCUAGGGAAUGCAACCUCAUCGACAAAACAGCUCACUGCUUCGUCCCCCAUUUUGAGGAGGGCGACUCUCGAACGGCCUUGUCUCGGCUGAGUUGGGAAAGCGUGGACAACCCUAUCUACAAGCUCGAUGAGAACACACUCAAGCCUCUUCCUCCGCCAGCUGAGGGUGACGCAUCACUUCCAUACGAUAUCUCGAACCUCCUAAACUACUCAGUCGCAGUCAGCGGUGACGUAUUCCGCUGGAUCAUCGACUUCGCUUCGGAAAAAGUCCUACGAGAGAUGCUCGUAUGUGGCCAAGUUUUUGCCCGCAUGUCUCCCGACGAGAAGCACGAGCUAGUCGAGAAACUCCAGAGCAUCGACUACUGCUGUGGCUUCUGCGGCGACGGCGCCAACGACUGCGGUGCUCUCAAAGCCGCAGAUGUGGGCAUCUCGCUCUCCGAAGCGGAAGCGUCUGUCGCUGCUCCCUUCACGAGCCGUGUCUUUGACAUUUCCUGCGUGCCUGAAGUCAUUCGAGAGGGGCGCGCGGCACUCGUGACAAGCUUCAGCUGCUUCAAGUACAUGAGCCUGUACUCCGCCAUUCAGUUCACAUCCGUCAGCUUUUUGUACGCCUCAGCCUCAAAUCUGGGAGACUUCCAGUUCUUGUUCAUAGAUCUUCUCCUGAUCCUCCCUAUCGCUAUCUUCAUGGGCUGGUCCGGCCCCUACCCCACCCUCUCCCGCAAACGCCCCACCGCAAGCCUAGUCUCCCGCAAAGUCCUUACACCCCUCCUUGGCCAAAUCGCCAUUUGCGUCCUCAUCCAGGCCAUCGGCUUCCUGUACGUCCAGCGCCAGCCCUGGUUCGUGCCGCCCGUCGUGGACAAAAACAAGUCGAACUCACACAACUCCGAAAACACAACUCUCUUCCUGGUCUCUUGCUACCAGUACAUCCUCUCCGCCGUAGUGCUCAGCGUCGGGCCGCCGUUCAGGCAGAGCAUGGGGCAGAAUCUCCCAUUUGUGAUUACGAUGGUCGUCACGCUGCUGGUGGCAACGUAUAUGCUCUUUGAUCCCGCGCACUGGCUAUAUAAACUUAUGGAUCUUACGAAGAUGGAUAUGGGAUUCAAAGUGUUCAUUCUGGUGCUUGCGGCGGGUGGGUUCGCGAUUAGCUAUACCGCCGAGAAGUAUCUGCUGCCCCGAUUGGCGAGGGGGAUUGGCAGGUUUACGGUGUGGUUGAGGCCGCAGUGGAGGAAGAAGAGGAAGGAGUAUAAGGUCGUGCUGGAGAGUAUGAGGGGGUGAUCCGCAGGUGAUGCGGGCUGCCAAAAUGUUGGAGCAAUGGGUGCGAUUUGGGAUGGGCCGGAAAAGGAUGUGUGGAAUAGAGAAUGUGAUGGGAUGUGUAAACCUUUGGUGCCGAUAUUCGUAUAGAAUAACGAUCGAAGUGCCGUGUGUAUAUAGGGGUCUGGGAGGAUUCGAAUAGAUGAGUUGUGUAGCACUGAUGGCGUCGUUUGCUCCUGGUUUAGGCUUUUGGGGAGGUGUGAUGAAGUCUGGGCCAUAUUUAAAGGGAUGAUGUGAGGGCUGGAGGUGGUAGCGCUUGGAUUGUAGUAGUUUCGGGUGAGUUUUGACGUAUUGGUUGGCUGGUGGGGACACCUCAGACGUUGUCAUCCUAUACUACGCAAGUCCAUGUUCGGUUCGCUCUGACGAGGCUAAGCCAUGUUAGCGUUUAUCAUAAUAUGAUAGCGUAUAGGUAGGUGAUACUGCAUCCCUACUUCCUAAAAG